AUGACGACACCUGCUCUAAAUGUUAACAAAGAUGACGGUUAUCCAAAAAUUCCAUUAGGUGAGUAUUUGGUGAGAAGAUUAUUAUCCAUUGGUAGUAAAUCUGCUUUUGGUGUGCCAGGAGAUUUUAAUUUACCUUUGUUAGAAUUUUUAUAUAAUAAAGAUGGUGACGAAAUUAUUAAUUGGAUUGGUUGCUGUAACGAAUUAAAUGCAAGUUACGCGGCUGACGGUUAUUCUAGAUAUACCAAUAAAAUCGGUUGUUUAAUAACGACGUAUGGUGUGGGUGAGCUAAGUGCCAUAAAUGGUAUAACUGGUUCAUAUGCUGAAAAUAUUAAAAUAUUACAUAUAGUUGGUGUAGCUCCGACUUUCAUAUCUGAAGAUGAAAAUUUAAAAUACAAAAAUCUUCAUCACUUAAUUCCAGAUAAAGAAUUCCCUAAUAUUAAUUCUCCGAAUUUUAAAAUUUACUAUCAAAUGGUUAAAGAUAAAAUAUCAUGUGCUUCAGAAUAUUUGACUGAUAUUGAAACUUCUUGUGAUAAAAUUGAUGAUGUUAUAGUUCAAAUCUUUAAACAUUCGAAGCCUGGCUAUAUUUUUAUUCCUUCCGAUUUUUCAAAUAAAUUGGUGUCAUCAAAAAAUUUGAUUAAUGUGCCAUCUAUCAACCUCAGUGACUGUUUAAAUAAAACUCCCAUGGAAAAAAUUGAUAAUUUGACAAAUGAAAUCAUCGAUUUAAUCGGUAACUCUCAAAGCCCUGCUAUUAUUGGUGAUGUCUUAACCGAUAGGUUUGGAUGUACCAAAUUAUUGAAUGAUUUUAUUCAAAUGACAAAAUUUUGGAAUUUUUCUACCAUGAUGGGGAAAUCUGUUAUUGAUGAAUCAGGUCAAGCUUAUAUGGGUACAUAUAUUGGUUUGGGUGGCUUAACUACUGUUUACAAUAAAAUAUUAAAAUGUGAUAUUUUUUUAAUUUUUGGUCUUGAAAUGAACGAAAUGAACUCGGGAAAUUAUUCUUUUAAGUUUCCUAAAGGUUCACAAAUAAUUGAAAUCAAUCCUAAUUAUUUAAAAAUCACUAAAUGUCAUGAUACCGAGAACCAAAUUGUCGAUUUCUAUCCAAAUGUAUCCAUGACACACAUUUUGGAAGGUUUAAUUGCCAAAGUCAAUAUUCAUGACGCCAACACUAAUUAUGAUAAAUCAGUAAAAUCUUAUGAUACAAGUGAAUUAGUUUUACCUCUACAACAAGAGGAUGAAGAAAAAAUCACGCAAGUUCAUUUGCAGAGGGAGCUUCCAAAUUUUUUAAAUCCAGGAGAUGUCUUAGUUUGUGAAACCGGUUCCUUCCAAUUUGCUGUACAAGAUUUCAAAUUUCCAUCAAAUUUGAAAUAUAUUUCACAGGGUUUCUACUUAUCAAUUGGUAUGGCGUUACCAGCAGCAUUAGGUGUGGGUAUUGCAAUGAAAGACUAUCCAAAGUUUCAUCUAAAUGAUCACUCUCUGGCUCGUAAUUAUACUCCUAGAUUGAUCUUAUUGGAAGGUGAUGGUGCUGCUCAAAUGACAGUUCAAGAAUUAACUACUAUGUUAAGACAUAAAAUCCCAAUGGAGAUAUUUUUAUGGAAUAACAACGGUUACACUGUUGAAAGAGCGAUUGAAGGUCCAUUUAGAUCUUAUAAUGAUAUUAUGCCUUGGAAUUGGACCAAGUUACUAAACGUUUUGGGAGAUCCAAAUAAUGAAUUCAAUAGAUGUGUUACUAUCGAUAAAAAGUCACAAUUGUCAGAAAAAUUUAAAGAGUUGAAAGAGGGGAAGGAUAAUAAUUGUAUCCAAUUGAUUGAAGUACAAUUAGACACUCAUGAUAUACCUAGGCAACUUGAUUUCAUGGUUCAGGAAAUGACGUUUAAGAAAAAGAGCUCUUCAACGACAGAAAAAAAAGUUAAAUAG